CAUUCGGGGUUUCCUUUGGGGACAUGAGGAACAGAGGUGUGAGCAGGUGCCUUUGCGCACACUGCAGACCCUGAGAGAUUUUUCUGGGAAGCAGGCCUUUAGGUAGAAUCGCUGCUUCCCGGUGCUGGAGCGGGAAGUCUCCAGCUCGGCCGACCACACUUGCAUUCUGGUUAGCCUCUGGUUUGCAACCGGGUGUCUUUGUGCAGAAGGAAGGCACUAGGGCCCCGGGAGUUGAGAAGGCGGGUAGCUCCGUGACCACAGAAGCUGCUUGUGCACUAAUUUCCUCUAGAGCGUGCGAUGAAGUCAGUCAACCACAGCCUGCAGCGUGCUCCGCUCGGGCGGCAGCGGCAGCUUCGCAGCGGUGGUGGUGUCUCGGCCAUGAUACACAUCUGACAUGCCCUCCCCCAGGCAGGUCAGCCACGGCUUCUCUGGCUCCACAGCAUGGACCAAAGAGAAGUUCUGUGCAGGUUCCUGGAGGAGGCCCAACUCAAGAACACCCGCAAAGAGGAGUUGGCCAACGAAUUUCUGAAGCUGAAAAGGCAAUUGACCAAGUACAAGGCAGACAAAACCUAUCCCACAACUGUGGCCGAGAGGCCCCAGAAUCUCAAGAAAAACAGAUACAAGGAUAUUUUGCCCUACGAUCACAGCCGAGUAGAGCUAUCCCUGAUAACCUCUGAUGAGGACUCCGAUUACAUCAAUGCCAGCUUCAUUAAGGGGGUUUAUGGACCCAAGGCUUACAUCGCCACACAGGGUCCAUUACCGGCCACACUGCUGGACUUCUGGAGGAUGAUCUGGGAACACAGCGUGCUGGUAAUUGUCAUGGCUUGUAUGGAGUUUGAGAUGGGAAAGAAAAAGUGUGAGCGCUACUGGGCUGAGCCGGAAGGGAUGCAGCUGCAGGUCGGCCCCUUCUCCAUCUCCUGUGAAGCUGAAAAAAGCAAAUCUGACUAUAUCAUCAGGACUCUGAAAGUCAAGUUCAAUAGCGAAAUGCGAACCGUCCAUCAGUUUCAUUACAAGAACUGGCCAGAUCAUGAUGUGCCUUCAUCUAUAGACCCUAUUCUUGAGCUCAUCUGGGAUGUGCGUUGCUACCAAGACAGUGACAGUGUUCCCAUCUGCAUUCACUGCAGUGCUGGCUGUGGAAGGACCGGUGUUAUUUGUGCUAUUGAUUAUACAUGGAUGUUGCUGAAAGAUGGGAUUCUUCCCGACAACUUCAGCAUUUUCCAUUUAAUCCAGGAAAUGAGAACUCAGAGGCCUUCAUUAGUUCAGACUCAGGAGCAGUAUGAACUGGUCUACAGUGCUGUGUUGGAACUCUUUAAGAGACACAUGGACGUUAUCAGAGAGAAACACCCAGAAAUGGAGAUUCAAACGAAGUAUUCAGUUCCUGAGCAACAGCCCAUUCUACAAGCUGGUACUCAUUCUCUAACUUUACCCACAGACACCAUAAAAGAAGUAAAAAUGGUGAACCAGCAGAGCGAACGGAGGACAAAGGCAGAAAAUAUUGAAGAUUCUUCCUUUGACUAUAGGACUUCCCAAAUAUGUACAGAUGAGGGGUUAGAUGCAUACUCCAAGAAACUGAACACUUCGUUUGACUUCUUGGAGUUAAAUUAUGAUUGCAACAGAAAUGCUGACAUGACCAUGAAAUGGCAACCACAGGCUUUUCCAAGAGUUGGAGAACCUCUCCAGAAGCAUCAAAGUUUGGACUUCAGCUCCAUUUUGCUUGGGACAUGUCCUAAUUUCAAACCUGCAGAUGCAACGGGAAAAUAUUUUAACUCAAAGGGACUAGUGGUACGGACCAAAUCAACUCCCUUUGAACUGUUACAGCAGAAAGAAACUAACAAAUCAGACGUUCGAGAAGAUCUUUCUUACUUGGAAUCUCGACGGCACAAUUCUUGCCUGGGGGAGAUGCAGGCUCCAAAAGUAGUGCAUGUUUCUUCAGCAGAACUAAAUUCUUCACUGUCAUAUGAUGCUAAGCACCAAAGUUGCAAUGCCUCUCCUAUAAACCAGUGUGACUCUAACUCUUUUAACAUAUAUUCUUACAUGUCUCUAGUAGAAGAUCCAUAUUUUUCCUCAUUGCCUCCAAGUUGUGCUGGUUCUAAGAUGUCUCUUGAUUUUCCUGAGAAAGAAGAGGAAACUAGUCAUCCUUGUUCUCUGAUGCCAACACCUUCUUCAACUCUCUUCUCUUACUACAAUUCCCAUGAUUCUUUGGCACCAAAUUCUCCAGCCGGUGUUUCCCUACCACCGAACCAACCAGACACUGUUGGGGCUUCUCCAGUGGUUGAUGAUGAAAUCCCUCCUCCCCUUCCUGAGCGGACGCCUGAGUCCUUCAUUGUGGAGGAGAAGGCUGGAGAAUUCUCACCUGGUGUUCCAAAGUGUUCGUCUUCAGCUGGGCAGGUGAACACUGCAACAGCACAGGAAUGGAGUGCAACAUCGGAAGCCAGAGAAUUUGAUGGCUCUGUAAGACAGCGGCCACGUGGGAGAGUAAAACUUCGGAGUCCCAAAUCAGCAGAGCUGCCCCGGGACAGCUCUUCCUCGCCACCACCUCCACUCCCAGAACGAACUCUGGAGUCCUUCUUCCUUGCGGAUGAAGACUGUGUGCUGGCCCAACGUACAGAAACAUACUCUAGUAGCUGUCCUGAAGCCGCGGAGAAUUCAACAUCUUCAAGACAGACGCUGAAGACUCCUGGGAAAGGCUUUACAAGGAGCAAGAGUUUGAAAAUUUUGCGAAACAUGAAAAAGAGUAUCUGUAAUUCUCCACCACCAAGCAAGCCAGCAGAAGCUGUUCAGUCAAACAAGUGCAGUUCCUUUCUGAAUUUUGGCUUUGCAAAACGUUUUUCAAAACCCAAAGGACCAAGGAACCCACCGUCAACCUGGAAUAUUUAAUAUAACUCUGCAGUAAAAGAAUAGAGAUUGCAAGUACAUCUGUAAAUAAAACCACUAGAAUACUGCUAAGUGCAAUAAGUGCUCUCUAUUCUAAACAGCAAUAAUAAAGAUGUGCUAAAGUGUUAACAACAAUCAAGAGGAAAGCAAUAUGCAAACAAGUGCCAGCAGUUUUGCAUUUUCAUAUCACUUACAUUGGGUUGGAAUCUGCAAAUAAAAGGCUGUCACUUGAGCUUAUGUAAAGAAUCCUGCUGGGGGCGGGUGGGGGACUGGCACUGUGGUUAAACUGCUGUUUGUCAUGCUGGCAUCUCACAUCAGAGUGCCAGUCCAGACCACUCUACUGCCAAUCCAGCUUCCUGCUCCCGUGCCUGGGAAUGGAGCUCGAGAAGGUUCUCAGGUGCCAGGCCUCUUCUACCUAUGUGGGAGAUUUCAACGGCGUUCCUGGCUUCAGCCUGCUUUCAGACCUUGUUGCUGUGGCCAUUUGGGGAGAGACAAGUUUUUCUCUCUCUACUGCUCUGCCUUUCAAAUAUAUAAAUAUAUCCUUUAAAUAA